AUGCGGAAAUCGUUUACAUAUGGUACACGACAACCUGAAACAGAGUAUGAAGAAGUACAAGAUGUAGAGACAGAAUAUAAAGAAGUACAGGGUGUAGAGACAGAAUAUAAAGAAGUAAAAGAUGUAGAAACAGGGUAUAAAGAAGUACAAGAUGUAGAAACAGGGUAUAAAGAAGUACAAGAUGUAGAAACCGAAUUUAAAGAAGUAAAAGAUGAAGAACCAGAAUAUAAAGAAGUAAAAGAUGUAGAAACAGAAUAUAAAGAAGUACAAGAUGUAGAAACAGAGUAUAAAGAAGCAAAAGAUGUAGAGACCGAAUUUAAAGAAGUAAAAGAUGAAGAAACAGAAUAUAAAGAAGUAAAAGAUGUAGAAACAGAAUAUAAAGAAGUACAAGAUGUAGAAACAGAGUAUAAAGAAGCAAAAGAUGUAGAGACCGAAUUUAAAGAAGUAAAAGAUGAAGAAACAGAAUAUAAAGAAGUAAAAGAUGUAGAAACAGAAUAUAAAGAAGUACAAGAUGUAGAAACAGAGUAUAAAGAAGCAAAAGAUGUAGAGACCGAAUUUAAAGAAGUUAAAGAUGUAGAAACAGAGUAUAAAGAAGUAAAAGAUGUAGAGACAGAAUAUAAAGAAGUACAAUAUGUAGAAACAGAUUAUAAAGAAGCAAAAGAUGUAGAAACAGAGUAUAAAGAAGUAAACGAUGUAGAAACAGAGUAUAAAGAAGUAAAAGAUGUAGAAACAGAAUAUAAAGAAGUACAAGAUAUAGAAACGGGGUAUAAAGAAGUACAAGAUGUAGAAACAGAAUAUAAAGAAGUACAAUAUGUAGAAACAGAUUAUAAAGAAGCAAAAGAUGUAGAAACAGAGUAUAAAGAAGUAAACGAUGUAGAAACAGGGUAUAAAGAAGCAAAAGAUGUAGAGACAGAGUAUAAAGAAGUACAAGAUGUAGAGACAGAAUAUAAAGAAGUAAAAGAUGUAGAAACAGAAUAUAAAGAAGUACAAUAUGUAGAAACAGAUUAUAAAGAAGCAAAAGAUGUAGAAACAGAGUAUAAAGAAGUAAACGAUGUAGAAACAGGGUAUAAAGAAGCAAAAGAUGUAGAGACAGAGUAUAAAGAAGUACAAGAUGUAGAGACAGAAUAUAAAGAAGUAAAAGAUGUAGAAACAGAAUAUAAAGAAGUACAAUAUGUAGAAACAGAUUAUAAAGAAGCAAAAGAUGUAGAAACAGAGUAUAAAGAAGUAAACGAUGUAGAAACAGGGUAUAAAGAAGCAAAAGAUGUAGAGACAGAGUAUGAAGAAGUACAAGAUGUAGAGACAGAAUAUAAAGAAGUAAAAGAUGUAGAAACAGAAUAUAAAUUAACAAAGUGA